UCGCAAAUUCCAGUCCGGGCAGGCAACGGUGGGCACGGUACUUCCGGGGGGUUAAGUGACUCUCAGCUCCCCCGCCCGCUGUGUGAGUCCGCAGCGCGACCGCCCCCUAGGGGCGCGUGCGCAGUAUAGCGCUGCUGCGCUGAGGUUGUGUUUCCGGGUCGCAGGGAUCAGUUCCGGGGCCUGGAAGCGAGGCUGGGAAGCUGCCGCUGCCGGGUGUUAACUAUUCAUCUGUGUACCUGAUGCUGAAAUUUUUUCCUCUUUAAAUUGAGAAGACCAUUGUUAUGAUUCUCCGUGACUAAGUACCAUUCCCCCAUCAUUGUGUUACAUUCUAUACCAAGCUGAUGCAAUGAUGAAUUCUCAAAGUUUCUCAUUACCAACGAUGGUGCCCAGUAGCUCUGUGACUAAUAACUUGUCAACGAACAAUCGACCCAGCAAAGCAGUUCUCAUUAGCAAACCGUUCAAAUGCUCUGAAUGUGGCAGGUCUUUUGCCCAGCUGACGGAGCUGGAGCUUCAUGAGAUGUCUCACGCUGCAGAGCGACCGUAUCGCUGCGAGCUCUGUGGAAAGACCUUUGCACAGACAUCAGCUCUGGUGAAGCACCAGCGUGUUCACACAGGAGAGAAGCCUUACAAGUGUCCCAUGUGUGGGAAGACCUUUGCCCUGUCCUCUGGCCUGGUACUGCACAAACGCAUUCACACUGGCGAGCGGCCGCACACUUGCCCGCUCUGUGGCAAGAAAUUCAUCUCCUCCUCCCACCUGGCCCUGCAUCUGCGCUCGCACACGGGUGAGAGGAAGUACAAGUGCAGUGUGUGUGGGAAGCUCUUCCUACAGUCCUCGCACCUUGUGAGGCACAAAGCAAUCCACACAGGGGAAAAGCCCUUUAAAUGUGAGGACUGUGGGAAGAACUUUGGGCGUGCCUCACACCUGAAGACUCACAGACGUGUUCACACAGGGGAGAGGCCUUUCAAAUGCACCCAGUGCGAAAAGGCCUUCACACAGAAGGCAGGACUGAUCCUGCACAUCCGCCUUCACACUGGUGAGAGGCCCUACAAAUGUGACAAGUGUGGGAAAAACUUCCGUUCCUCCGCUCACCUCAUGUCACAUCAGCUCCUUGAGUCUGGGGAGAGGAAUUUCAAAUGUACCACAUGCAGUAAGGCCUUUAAGCAGGCCUCAUCUCUCAAACAGCACUUAAAAACACAUGAAGCCCGUGAGCCUCAUCGCUGUUCUGUUUGUAGUCGAACUUUUUCUAGGUCCUCUUAUCUCCAGCUUCAUAUGAGAACACACAGUGGGGAGAGGCCCUAUCACUGCAUGGUUUGCAACCGGACUUAUGCCAAAAUGUCUACAUUUGAGAAACAUUGUAAAAAGCAUCAGCAGGACGAAGAGAGGUGUGACAUCAGACCCAGAGCAAUGACUACAAGGGCAAAAGCGCUGGCUGAAAAGAAAAGGCAGGAGCAGAAACAGCAGCACCAAGAUGGCUGCCCAGAACAUCAUCAUCAGCCUGACAGAGAGCAGCAACAAGAUGGAGAGCAGCCAGGGAAGAGCGCGAAUUCAGUCCCCCACUACCACAAAUUAUGCAGUCGAGUUUCCCGCAUUUGGGGAAAUCGCAGGGGUCAGCACACCUGCAGUGCAAUGGAUGAGCCUCACCCUGGGAAAACCACCUUCGUGAUCAUGGUAUCUCCCCUGCCAGACCGUCAGGAUGAGAUGGGCACCUGGACACUCGCGCCUGGCCCUUUCAGUCCCUCAUUUUCCUGUCUCUGUGCCCUUCCCCUGGGAGAGCAGCACUUGCAGGAGCUGAUCCAGCUAAGAGAGAGAGCCUGUUCCCAGGAAUGGGACAGUGACCAAGCGUCCCAGCCAGAGAGCCUUAAAGCGGCAGAAGAAGGAGGAAGGAGCAAUAAAAGCUGUCUAGCACUGUGUCUAAUUACCGAUAUGAUCUCUCAGAUGGAACUAGAGGAAGAGCCAUUGGUCCUGGAAAGGGAGAACCUAAGAAGCACCUGUACAGCAGGUCAUGGGAUGGUGCAUGAGAAUGAGGAGGAGAGUCCUCAACAGGGAGGUCCUGAGCAAGUGGAACUUCAUGUGACGUUACUGGAAAGAUCCAAAGCACAGGGAAAUUUCUGCCCUCUUGAGCAGGGAAAAGCUUCUGAGAGUCCUGGCAGGUCCAAAAGAGAGCAAAGAAACCCUCCAGCGAAAAGACUGGGGAAAUCUAUCCAGCUUGGGGGAGGUGACCUCAAUGACCUCCCAAUCCUGCAGAGACGCCACACGGAAGAGGGAAAGAACACGUGCCCCGAUUGUAGGAAAAGCUUCCGUGGACGCUUAGGUCUUACUAGACAUCAGAGAAUCCACUCAGGCGAGAAGCCCUACAGGUGUCUUUUGUGCGGGAAAGGCUUCACCGUCAGCUCCACCCUGGCUAAGCACCGGCGCAUCCACACUGGGGAGAAACCCUUCCAGUGCCUCAAUUGUGGGAAGAGCUUCAUCCAGAGCUCACAGCUCAUCACCCACCAGAGAACACACACGGGCGAGAAGCCCUACCAAUGCCCCGAAUGCGGGAAGGGCUUCAGCCGGAGCUCCCACCUCAUCAUCCACCAGAGGUUCCACACUGGAGAGAAGCCCUAUGAAUGCCCUCAAUGCGGGAAGGGCUUCAGCCAGAGCUCCAACCUGGCCACGCACCGGAGAGUGCACAUGGGGGAGCGGCCCUACCAGUGCUCCCAGUGCGGGAAGGGCUUCACGCAAAGCUCGGACUUCACCGCCCACCAGCGGCUGCACAUAGGCGAAAGGCCCUACCGCUGUGCUGAGUGUGGGAAGAGCUACACAAACAGCUCUGCCCUCAUCAAACACCAGAGGAACCACACGGGGGAGCGGCCCUACAAAUGCCCCGAGUGCAGGAAGGGCUUCAGCCAGAGCUCCGCUCUGCUUGCCCAUCAGCGGAUCCACACGGGAGAGAGGCCCUACAAGUGUCCUGAGUGUGGAAAGGGAUUUUAUGCGCGGUCCCCCCUUAUUGCACACCGGAGAACCCACACCGGCGAGACGCCCUACAUGUGUCUGGAGUGCGGGAAGGGCUUCCGCAAGAAAACCAGCCUGAACGUGCAUCAGAGAGACCACCCGGCAGAGGAACAAUGCCCUGACCAGGGCUGUCCCCAGUGAACGGCAUCCAUGGUCAUUUCCACAACACACAUGGGUAUUUGGCUUCUCCGCACCAUCCGUCUGCACAUCUGUUGGGUCAGCUGGCUGCAGGAGCCACCCCUAAGCUGACUGGUGGUGAUCCUCUAGCAAGUCCUAGGUAGAGAGGAAGCCCACAUCAUCCCCUAUUUAACUGGUGCAUCCCAAGCUGUAAAGCUGCCAGGCCCUCGGUCUCUUGUCAACAUGGGAUGAGAGAGGGAAACCCCUCCAGGAGUCCCUUUUUCCUCACGUGGGCAGUGGCUGGGAGAAAGCUACGUGGCUCAGGCCCUAAACUAACUCAAGAGACCUAUCGCCACCACCACCCAGACCACGGCUGGGCUCUCAAACUGAUCUAGAACUGUAGCUUGAUUUUGCUCAUACAACCUUAAUUCUGGCCCCUUGUGCAAAUACGUGAUGGUACAAUUUUAAUUUACACUGUCACAUACCGUUUUUUCCCAUAGGGCUCCUACCUCAUUCAUUGCCCAGAAUAGAUGCGUCUGGCAGCCUGAACUGUAGGGGUCUCUAUGCAUGCUGCCUAUAAUGGAAUGCUCCCCUCCAUUCUCUCUCUGCCCCUUGCCUUCUCUCUCCCAUUUGGGUGCCCAGGAUCAUUUGGAGCCACUUACAUUACUGUUUUGAAAGUGCCUUGAAUUGCCAGUGGAGCCAGCCCCCAUUUUCUGCCUACCUAAAUUACUCAUUUCUCCCUGGCAAGCUCCUGGAAAUCCUGUCCUGAAUGGUCAGUGUGUCCCCCACCAUUCGUGAUGAAAUUCUCGCCGAGCUGCUAUUAGAGCCCUGCAGAAAGCAAUAGGGUGUUAGGGUUCAGGAAAUGGAGACCAAUGUCUCAUCCUAAUGCUGUCUGAGCUGAGUCUGCAGUACGGUCAUUCCAUUUUCAAUUGUCACAACCUCAUUCCAGUGCCAGGAAGGAACAAGUCUUCAGGCUCAGGCAGAAGAAUAAAACAAAAGGAGAAAAAAAUCUGCCAACAAAACGGAUUGAUUGGGAGCAGUAACACUGAUUGGGAGCAGUUUUAAGCUUAAUCAGAAUAAGCCACUCUUAAAUUGAAAUAAGCGUGUCUACACAGAGUUUUAACUAAACGAGCUUAAAUUCCCACCUUAUGUUAAAGUGGUACAAGCCUUCAGUGCAGCCUUCCCAGCCCCAAGCAUACAAAAAUCAUGAGUCCAGCCCCCAGAACAUGAGAUUUGGCUUAAAAGUCUGGAGGGGUUUUAAAAAUAAUACGUUCUAAGUUUUUGCUUCUUCUGGUUUCUGAGCCUUUAAGUGUGCACGUGCGUCACAUUUUCAGUCUUUUCCCUGCAACUAUGAGGGCUAGAAUCUCCCUUAAAAAAAAGAAAAGAAAAGAAAGUUGAGCUUUUUAUUCAGUCUCUUGAUUCUAGCAGCUGGGGCUGGAAAACACCAAAUAUAAUGAGCUGCAUUACAUUUUUAAGAGUUAGUAACACAAUGUCAUCAUCUGCUUCUUCACAUAGGUGUGUGUGUGCACCCAGCGCACUGGAGCGUGAGAAAUUUGCCAAGUGGUACCUGUAGAGGGUGGCACUUGCACCUCAUAGCCAUAGCCCUUCCCCUGGCUACAUGAAGUGGUGUCACCCCAACCCUUUCUCAGUUUUUAUUUCUUGGUCAACUGUAACAUCCCAUGUUUAAUUCAUUCUUUUAAACACUGUCAACACUAUCAUCUAACCAGCUUUAUUUGACUUUCUGUAAUUUCUUAGUUGCUUUUGAAAUUCUCUUUUGGCUAAUGAAUGGAUACAUUUACCAUACGUCCCCAGUCUGUAUUUUAGCUGAGAAACAGAUAUAAAAAGGGCUUGUGUGCUGCUGAAGUGCUUCAGUGCAGAUGCUGCCUAUUCCAACGGGAGGGGUUCUCUUGAUGGCACAGGCUAGGUUGACAGGAGAAUUCCUGUCUACGCCUUGGGUUAGGUCGGUUUAACUGCCUCGCUCCUGGAUGUGGAAUUUUCACACCCCUGCGUGAUGUAGUUAUAUUCACCUAAUUUUGUAGUAUAGUCUAGUCCUUAGAAACUUGGUAGAUAAUAGGUUCAUUAAAUUAAUUGUCCAAUAUGGUUUAGAAUGUGUAUUUCUUACAUCAUGCAUCUUAAUGAGGGAUGAAGUUCAAAGUCUAAUUGUCAAUGCUAACAUGAAGUGCAGGCAAACAUACUUGUCUUAAACCCAAAUGAGUUAUAUGUAAAAAGCAAGAUUAGUGCAAAACUAAAGCUGCUUGUUUAAGAUGAAUACAGAGAAGGAAGAUGGUUCAGGGGGUUGGGCACUAAUCUAGCCCUUGAGAGAGACUGGUUCAAGUGCCUGCUCCAUCAUAGAUUUUCUGCAUGAACUUGGGAAAGUCACUUAGGCCCAGUUCCACAAAGGCGUUAGGAGCCUAAAUCCC